AUGAACUGCCAGAAGGCCUCCCGCAAAUGUGAUUACUCUCUUAAGCUCAUAUGGGGUGGCAGACCAUAUAAGAAUCCUCGGGUUGAAAAACUCAAUCCCGUCGCCGGAUUAUCGCGCAGUAUCUUGCAACAGCCAACCCCAGAGUCACAAGCAAAUGUAAAAAUCAAGCAAGAGCAUCAAGAGCAAAACUUGUUCCUUCAGCCAGAAUCUUCGGCUUCUCCAGCUGCUGGUGGCCUGGCUUCCCAAUCACUUCACGACAACAUACGCUCAGUAAGCAAUAUUCUAGAUUCGAUGUAUGAUUCUGCGAAUAAGCCAUCUCAGAUACUGGAGAAUUUCCAGCCAUAUCUACCUGAGCCAUCUCCUGGUGAUGUGAAUCUUACCGAUAUGGUUGAUGACUACUCCGAUGACAUAAUGAAGCUAGAGCUAUUUCAUCCAACGUUGCAGCCGAAUUUACAUGCCACUGCAUUUAUCCAAGAGCGCAAAUGGUCUAGAAGAAUGUCAAAAUGGGAAACAGAGGAUCUAGAAGAUGAUGACAAUUCCUUAGUCAUGAAUAGGGAGUUUUCCACGACAUCCAACACUUACAGUCUUUCGCGCACGUAUUCGGAAACCUCUACCUCAGAUAAUUCAGAAUCGAUUCCACGGGGAUUGGUACCUUUGCCUGAUUUGCUGCUCAACGUGCCCGAUUACUACGAGGCUUUCAAUUUUUUCUUCAGCUCCACAGCACAGCUAUUUAUGCCUUUUGGUGACGCUGUGCAGAAGUACAACCCAUUCAAAAAAGUGCUUCCGCAGCUGGCAUUCUCCAAUGACGGUUUAUUGGCUGUCACUGUGGCUUACGGCUUGGCACAUAAGUCAUAUCUCGCAAGGCAAAGUGAGCCAGCCGAACUGCUUGAGCAGUUGCUGAGCAGAUCACUUGGCGAUCUUUUGGAACUUUUACAAAACAAAGAAACAUCUACCAGCGACCUUACUUUGACCCUUGUUCUUCUGAUCAGCUCUUUCAUGGUGUUCACCUUUAAGCAUAACUUGGAGGUGCAUCUCAAUGGCGCAAAGCAGAUUCUUCUACUUAGGGGCUACAACAAACCGUUCGAGAAACUAUUCAAGGAAAGCAAGCAGCUGCAGUCACAGUGCAUUAGCGGUGAAAUAAAGCGUUCAAAGUUGAUCUUCUUUCUCUUGCGAUGGUUUGCUUAUAUUGAUGUUCUGGCUCAAUUGGCCUCCCCUCUAGAACCAACACACCAGGACAUUGAAAAAUACAACGAAAAGUUGAAGCUCACCGAGCUUUGUGCUCAACCUAGUGAUUUUGACUACGAAUUUGAAUCCAAUGAGGAUGCUGAAUCGCUAAUGGUAGAUGAAUCACAUGCUAAUGUGGACUAUUUUCUCGGCUUCAAUAUCAAGUAUCUUCCAUUGUACAAGAAAACGAUCGAGCUCAUCAAACAAACAAACCUAAGGGCUGUGGUAAACUCUUCUAUUGGGGUGUUGCCUUCAGCUAUCGAUCGUGCCCUUCAGAUCGCGGGCACCUUUCAAAAAUUAUCCUCCGUAUCUGCUCAAAGCCAGGAUACCAUGAUCGCUAUAAACAGAGUGUUUAUGUUAUUUGGACUCAAUCAAAUCUACAGAAGAGUGCUGAAGGUUCCUAAAAGUUCUCCGCUUGUUCAGGACAUGUGCGCAGAAACGAUUUCUAUUAUUGAUAUGCAUAUACUUGAUGACUCGCCAAAUCAAAUAAGCAUAUUUCUUCCGGUUUUUGUUUCUGGAUGUGAUUCUAACAACGGCGAACUUCGUUCUCGUCACUUGAGACGUAUGACAACUAUAGCUCAUACCGGCUCGCCUUCGGCGCAAUUUGCCGUGGACCUAAUGACCCAGACUGGUGGCAAGUGA